CGCCGGGCCGCCCCCCGCAGUCGGGCUGCGGGACCGCGGCCGCCUCGCUCGGUCACUCGGCGCCUCCAGCCGCCCCGCUGCGCUCGGCCCCCAGCCAGGCCCCGGCCAUGACGGGCGCACUGUUCAAGGCCAACUUCUGGAGCUCGGACAUCCUCAGCACCGCGGGCUACGACUGCAUCAUCCAGCACCUGAACAAUGGCCGCAAGAACUGCAAAGAGUUUGAAGACUUUUUAAAAGAAAGGGCAUCAAUUGAAGAGAAAUAUGGCAAAGACCUUCUCAACCUCUCUAGGAAGAAGCCCUGUGGACAGUCGGAGAUCAACACCCUGAAGCGGGCCCUGGAAGUCUUUAAGCAGCAGAUAGACAGUGUGGCACAAUGUCACAUUCAGCUUGCCCAGACCCUAAGAGAAGAGGCCAGGAAGAUGGAAGAAUUCAGAGAGAAGCAAAAGCUACAACGGAAAAAGACAGAGCUUUUAAUGGAUACUGCCCAUAAACAAAAGAGCUUACAGUUCAAGAAAACCAUGGAUGCAAAGAAGAACUAUGAGCAGAAAUGCCGAGACAAAGAUGAAGCAGAGCAGGCUGUCCACCGGAGUGCCAACCUGGUAAACGUGAAGCAACAAGAAAAGCUUUUUGUGAAACUGGCAACUGCGAAGACCGCAGUAGAAGACUCGGACAAAACGUACAUGAUGCAGAUCAACACUCUGGACAAGGUCCGUGAAGACUGGCAGAGUGAGCACAUCAAGGCCUGCGAGAUUUUUGAAGCUCAAGAAUGUGAACGAAUAAACUUCUUUCGGAAUGCAUUGUGGUUACACCUGAAUCAGCUGUCACAACAAUGUGUCACGAGCGAUGAUAUGUAUGAAGAAGUCCGUAAGAGCUUGGAAGCCUGCAGCAUUGAGAAGGACAUUGCGUACUUUGUGAGUCACCGAAAAACUGGACAGACUCCACCAGCACCCAUCAUGUAUGAGAAUUUCUACUGUCCCCAGAAGAAUACAGCUCCACAGGGAAAGGCUCCAGGGCCUAACUUAGCAAGGAGAGGACCUCUCCCAGUUCCUAAAACUUUACCAGAUGACCCUGAUUAUUCUUUGGUUGAUAAUUACAGUCUGAUCUAUCAGUAACAUCAAUGAAAACAACCCUUUUUCCGGCUGGUGCUUCUAUGGCAUGGGAGGAGGCACUCAGAGCGGUAGAAUCUGUAGCCAAGCUAUGUCAGUCAUGAAACUUUGAAAUUAAACCUUGCUGUAAUUUGUUGGUAUUUUA